AUGGCUACCAAUCAACUUACCCAGACUUCACAUACUGGAGGAGACAGCACAUCGACAAUGGAAAAAACCAAACUCAAAGAAGUCCAAGAACAACUCACCCAAUUGGCGACUAGAUUGGAUGACCUUAGUGCAAAACACCCGCCCACCCUCACUUUAUCCGUCGAUCGUAUUACCUGCUUCGAUCAAUUUUAUCCCAACCUGAAGCCGAUCACGAAGAAAAUGUUGGAGGACUUAAGUUUCGAGGACCGAAUGAUAAUGUGUUCCAGCACGAUUGAACGCAACGAGUUCUAUCAAGAAGCUGCCCAAAGCCUUCGAUUAUACGAGUCUCUUGUUGCAAAAGCCAUUCUUCAACACCAACGGCCCGAUAAUUAUUUGGACAUAGAUCAAUACAUUGCAACGAUUCUGAAGAAGAUCGAUUGUGACCACCAGUACAAAAAACUUCGAUCUGAGCUCCUCCGCCUGCGCCUCCGAAGAUACCGAAUUGAAUCUAUAAUCCACAGAAUGGAGACCUCGGUAGUCGUAAUUGCGAAACCUCCGACAUCUUUAUAA